GAAUCUGAGGAUCUGAGGAUUGAGGCUCGAGAGAAAUGAGGAUGCAAGUCCUGGGAUGCGUGUGUGCAUGAAGGGGGGUCGAAAGACACACAGACAGAGCGACAGGGGAGGUGAUUUGCCCGUUGUAUUCUGCCCGGACUGGCCGUGCCGUGAUUGAUCCACCCGUAGCCGUGCCUGGCUAAGUCCGCCGCGUGUCUCAGGCGUGUCUCAGGCGUGUCUCAGGCGUGUCUCAGACGGGCCAUUGAUUGGUCUCUUGGUUGCAUUCUCCGGCUGGCCAUCUCCUCAGCGAUUGAAGGAUUGAAGAGGGGCCGGAUUGUCGGGGCUAUUCGAGCAUUGCAGGACUGAUCAGGGGGUGUGGCGGGGCGGAUUCAGGCCAUUGGGCGGGCCACGGGCUAGAUUGGCAGCCAGUGACCUGUGAUUGGGCAGUAUGCCUUCGCCGCAUUCGGCCAAUACGGCCACGGGCUCGUCGUUACCGCCCAAAGAGAACGCCCAAUUCAAGCGCAUCCUGAAAUGUUACGAGCAGAAGCAAUACAAGAACGGUCUCAAGUUCGCCAAGCAAAUCCUCACCAAUCCCAAGUUCGCCGAACAUGGGGAAACCUUGGCCAUGAAAGGCCUCACCUUGAAUUGCUUGGGUCGAAAGGACGAGGCCUACGAUUAUGUCCGACGCGGCCUGCGCAACGAUCUCAAAAGUCACGUGUGUUGGCACGUGUACGGAUUGCUCCAACGCUCUGACAAGAAGUACGACGAGGCCAUCAAAUGCUACCGGAACGCCCUCAAAUGGGACAAGGAGAACAUUCAAAUCCUCCGAGAUCUCUCCUUGCUCCAGAUUCAAAUGCGCGACUUGGAAGGUUACAAAGAAACGCGCUAUCAAUUGUUCCAAUUGCGUCCCACCCAACGUGCCUCGUGGAUUGGCUUUGCCAUGUCCUACCAUCUUCUCAACGACUACGAUAUGACCCUCAAGAUCCUGGAGGAAUUCCGAAAGACUCAACAGGCGGUGAACAGAGAGGUAGUGGGGCAAGUUAUGCAGGCGCUUUACAACAAGAAAGCGGCCUAUGAUUACGAGCACAGUGAGUUGCUGCUGUAUCAGAACAUGGUCAUCCAAGAAUCCGGUGAUAUCAGUGGGGCCUUGGAGCAUCUCAUGAAGUACGAGCCUCAAAUCUGUGACCAGGCCCACUUCCUGACCACCAAAGGCUCCCUACUCCUCAAAUUGGACAGGGCGGGCGAGGCCAAGGCCAUCUUCGAGGAGCUCAUUCAACGAAACCCCGAGAAUCACGAGAGCUACAAGUUCUUGGAACAGGCUUCUGGAGCGGACACGCCCGCCAAGAAGCUGGCCAUCUACGUCAAGUACCGAGGGUUUUACCCCAAAGCUCAGGCGCCACAAAGAUUGCCACUCAACUACGCUGAAGGGCAAGAGUUCCGAGACCUCGUGGAGCCCUAUCUAAAGAAGGCCCUACGGAAGGGCGUGCCCCCGUUGUUUGUGGAUCUCAAGCCGUUGUAUAAGAAUCCGGAUAAUUGCGCCAUCCUGGAGGAGAUCUGCACCACUUACUUGAAACACAUGCGAGCCAACGGCACGUUUGACGGCAAGACCCGAGAACCGCCCACAGCCUUGCUCUGGUUGCUCUACUACUUGUCGCAGCACUACGAUUACAAGAGCGACUACGCCACCGCCCUUCAACUGAUUGACGAAGCCAUUGCACACACGCCCACUCUCAUUGAAUUAUUCCUUCACAAAGGCAAGAUCUAUAAGCAUAUCGAUAACCGUGAAGAGGCCGCCUAUUGGAUGGACGAGGCUCAAGUCAUGGACCGCGCCGACCGUUACAUCAACUGCAAGAGCGCCAAAUAUCUCCUCCGCGCCAACCAGGUCAAGGAGGCCGAGGAGAUGUGCAAGUGGUUCACUCGAGGGGGCGUGCCCGCCAUGGAGAGCUUGAACGAGAUGCAGUGUAUGUGGUUUCAAACCGAGUGCGCCGGCGCCUUCGAGCGCUUGGGCAAGUACGGCGAGGCCUUGAAGAAGUGCAUUGAAGUCGACAGGCACUUCACGGAAAUCAUCGAGGACCAAUUCGACUUCCACACCUACUGUAUGCGCAAGCUGACCCUGCGGUCCUACGUGGACCUCCUCCGGUUAGAGGACGUCCUGAGGUCGCACCCUUUCUACGAAAAGGCCGCCUUUUGCGCCAUUCGCGUCUAUCUGAGGCUGUUUGAUAAACCCAUCACGGACGACGACAAACUCAACGAGAUUGACACCGAGAACAUGGACCCCUCCGAGCUGAAGAAACUCCGGAACAAGCAGAAGAAGGCCAAACGAAAGGCCGAACUCGAGGCCCAAGAGAUGCAACAACUUCAAGCUCGCAAGGAGCUGCACAACAAGUCCCAGAAGAAAAACGACGACGAGUUGGACGCCCCGCAAAAGGACGAGCUCUACCCCGACAAGCUCGAACGACCUGAAGACCCCCUGGGCGAGGCCCUGAAGUUCUUGGAACCCCUUCAACUCCUCGCCGCGGAUCGUCUGUCCACUCACGUUCUGGCCUUCGAGAUCUACUUCCGGAAACGGAAGCCGCUCCUCAUGCUCCAGUCCAUCAAGCGAGCCCUCAACACGCCCAACACCCCGCCCAACGAUCCUCAACUCCACUCGUGCGUCAUUCGCUUCCAAAAAUUUGUGGACGAGAACCGCCAGAGCUUCCCCGCCCCCGUCAGUCAAGUGCUGGACCGCGAGACUCAGAGCAUUUUCGCGGACAAGUCGGCGGUGCAGCGGAACCGCGAUUUCCUGAGCGCCAACGACCAGAGUCUCAACCACGUGGCCGUGGGUGCCGAGAUGAGUGUCGUCCUGGACGGGUCCGAGGCCAGCCAAAAGGCCGCUCUCAAGCUCAUUGGGGAGCUGGAGAGGUUCAAAACUGGAGUUGAUAUUAAGACUUGUAGCGAUAUCUUCCACAAGCUUGAGGAAGGUGUCUAUGGGAGUGUGGGCGUGGCAGGUUUGGACGGAUUCCGUCAGAGUUGUGCCCAGCAAUUCCCGCUCACCAUCUUGUUCAACCCGGAGCUGAAAAAGCAGUCAAAGACAACGACGACAUCGGCGGAUCCCAAUGAGCCCAAAUCGGGAGACAACAGUAGCCACGAGGUCCCGGACAGUGAGCCUUGAUGACGGCAUACCUUGUUGAUAACGAUAUGAAUGAACAGCAGAAUCAUCAGUGAGGAUGCCCAACAUGGUUCCACGUGACCGCCGACGAGGAGGCCCAUAAUUCAGCCACACAACCCGAGCAUUGGGCAGGCCUCUUGCGUGAUCGUCUGGAUCUACUUCUAAUACAACUACUGUCGUCACUAUUGUUAUGAACCUCCUACUACUACUACUACUAUUACUACUACUAUUACUACCACUACUUUUGAUGAUUGAGUAACGGCUUAGCAUAACUUCAAACACAACUCUCACCAACACCACCAACACCACGAAAUGCAGUCAACAAUAGUAAUAAUGAUAAGAUAAAAUAAAAGAAAUGGCGCCAAGA